CAGUUGAUUUGGGUGUAUUGUCUGAUUUGGAUGCUGGUUUUUGCCGAACUUUGCUUUGUUUAUCAACGAGCGUUGUGCCGUCUAGACUAUAAAAUCGUGAACGCGCUGGCAGUUUUGUUGAUUUAUUUUCAUCUUUAGUACUCCUACUGCUGCUUUAAGGCUACACCAAACUUUCGUUAAUAAAAAAACACAAAACAAAGAAAAAAAAUGAAACGAGAUAUAUUUGCUUUUAUUUAUUUCGCUGUUGCAGUAUUUCAAGUGACUUAUGCACAAGUCUUGUAUCCAGAACGUUUUCCAGUUGAUAAAGAGAAGUCUAAUUUGGCGGGCCGCAUUCCGCUCUACUCACCAUCACGCUGCAAACAGAAUGAGCUACUUUAUCCAGAUCACGCAGAUGACUGGAUUUGCGAUUGUGCGCCAGCGUCAUUAUAUUAUCCUGAAUCAGAUGCCUGCCAUCCUGCUUUCCGACGUGGCCCUUGCGAAAACGAGCAGAUGCUUGUAUUGGCACCCAAUGCAACUUUACCCCAAUGCAUACAAAAUGCGUGUAAAAUCGAUGGGCAAGUGAAGAUUAACAACGUCUGCUAUGAGAUUGGACAUGCCGCGCCAUGUCAGAAUGCGCAAUUGUCAUAUGUGCUUGGCGUGGAUCCGAAAACAUUAAUGUUGGACUGCAUAAAAUUGUCGGCAUCUGUUAAGUCGCGAGUAGGUUUAGUAGACGAUGAUGAUGCACCGCUAUACGAUCUUAGCAAAGUUGAUUUAUGUGCGCGUGGCUGUAAACGUUCGAUAGAAGGCAUUUGUACGCCGAGCGCUAAAUGAAAAAGGAAUGUUACCAAAGCGUAUCGAGCCUAGAAUUGUAAAUGACAACCCGAAUUUGUGGCCUUCCAAGCAUUUUCCCCACAAUUAACUUAAACAAACAGCCUCUGAAUUCUAAUUUGUAUGUGCAUUUACAAGGACACUUUUUCUCGCUUAAUUUAAGAUUUGUUUUAGAAUAUAUUUACACUGUACAUAAAUUAUGUAAAAUAUACAUACAUGUACAAUCUUUAA